ACUCAGUGCCUUCUAGCGUCUGAUUGGAUAGAAUCGACCAAUCGCGUGCCAUGCGGUAGUCAUUUCACACAGCAAUGGCAGCACUGCAGCUUGAAAAGCAGCGAGGUCGAUAUGCUGCUCUUGCCAUCGCUGCAGUGGUCACUGUUGUGGGCAUCCCACUAUGGUGGAAGACCACACAGACCUACCGCGCCUGGCUGCCUUUCUCUGAGAUCAGCGAACUCGACAGCCUCCAGCUCCAGCUUAGUGUUGAUAUCGAGGUGGUCUUCUCUCGGGGAACACUGUCCCCAGAACAGCAGAAAAAGCUUCCACUCAGCCAUGUCAAUGAAAAAGAGCACCAGAUUGAUGCUAAAACGGGUUUGCGGUACAAGUAUGAAACCAGAUAUCGCACUGCCACUAUAAUGGAGGAAGACGCCUUGAAUCAGCCGACUGCUGCAGAGGCAGAUCUAUCCCUACACAUGCUCACUGAGAGCUCUUGUGGGUCUGUGGUUGUGUAUGUGAUCCCUGAGUCCUCCACUUUAUUACCAGAGGAUAUGAAAGUGUACGUGGGGCAACGACGCACUGCGUUGCUGCGUUCUGCUCCUUUUAAACCUUCGUGGAGUCUGAAGGAAGUCCUAUCAAAUCUGGACCUGCAAGUGGAGCAGGUCGUGAGCACCAUGUCCUUCAGUCACCAGGAUAUUGUAGCUGCUCUUAGCGACCGCGUCCGCAUGCCUAAAGUGACUAAGGAGAGUAUGGCAGACAGCAUGAGGGCCAUCAAAUCUAGUCCAGGCUACGAGAUUACAUUCAGUCUGCUCAACCCAGACCCAAAGUCACACAGUCUUCACUGGGACAUCGAAGGCGCCGUUCAGAGCUACAUCCAGCCUUUAUUGGACAAACUUGCCCCUAUAGCCAACUUUUCAGUGGACUCUCAGAUUCUGUAUUAUGCGGUUUUGGGUGUGAAUCCUCGUUUUGACAACAGUGUGUCCGCCUAUACACUCAGUGCAGACAGCCUGUCACAUGUUAUCAACCCCGUUGAAGCAAGACUAGGUUCCAACGCUGCUUCCUCUAACCCUGUCUUGAACUUCCUGCUGUAUGUGCCCGAUGCCCACCACUCUCCUCUCUUCAUCAGAGACCACAGCAAAAAGGAGGUGCCCUCGAACGCCUUUCACAGCCCUCGUUGGGGAGGCAUCAUGGUGUACAAUGUAAACAAAAUGGAGCAUGGAGCUGAAUCUGAAUCUGAACGUCCUGUCGACUUUACCAUCGAUAUGGCUAAAGUGAUGGGUGUGUUCUUGGCACAGUUACGGCUCAUGCUGGGGCUGCAGCACACUCGUCCUCCCACAGGCUUUGUGCUUCAGAGUCCCGGCAGCGCUGGAUUGGCUGAUUGGGAGCUGGACCGACUCCUGUGGAGCCGCAGUGUGGAGAACAUUGCCACCGCCAGCACCACCAUCACCUCGCUAGCUCAGCUGCUCGACCAGAUCGGAAACAUCGUCAUCAAUGACAACAUUGCAGAGCAGGUUUCCAGCGCUGUGACGUCGCUCCAGUCUGCCGUGGCCGAGUUAGAGUCUGGGAACUUGGCUUUUGCGCUCCAGUACAGCAGGGAGGCCAUUUUGGCUUCAGAGAGGGCAUUUUUCGACCCCUCUCUUUUGCAUCUUCUUUAUUUUCCAGAUGAUCAGAAAUUCGCCAUCUACAUUCCUCUCUUUUUACCCAUGUGUGUACCUAUUGUACUCUCGCUGCUGAAAAUUGUGAGCGAAGCUAAGCAAAGGCGAGCAGAUAAGCAAGCUAAAAGAGACUGAGGAACAAGUGUUAUAUACACAUAUUAACGGCUGCUCUUGCGUGGCAUGUUUAAAAACACACUGAGUCAUUAAAAGGUGAUGUGUGUGUGUGUGGUGUAUAUUUAAAUCUUAUUUAUUAGACCAAUAGCCUAGCAGUCAUGGAGUGAGAAGAAAUGGUUACUGCUUAAAUUUACAAAGGCAGCUGUAUUGAACAAUUAUUGGAUGACAUGGUUGAAUCUUUCUGAGAGGAAUUGAUUGUUUUUUAUCUCUGUGCACAUUAUGUGUUGUUCCAUGUCUUGUUUUAACACUGGAACACUCAGAUCAAUAUCUGUUUGUAAGGGUUUAUUUGAACAUUCAGGUUUGUUUUUCAUGUUCUUUGGGGAAACGUUCAUAACAAAAAUAACUUCUACACUGUAAAAAAGAAGAAGAAAUGUUGCUGCGUUAACGUUCAAGUCGUUUAAAUUACAUUAAAUUUACUUUAAAAAAAUAAGUUGAAGCUUGUAUAACUUAAAAAAAAGUUGAAAGUUAUUUUAUGAGCUAUUUUGUCAUAGCUUACUGAACAUCUAAUUUUUAACAGUGUAUUUGCUUACAUGCUUGUAGUUAAUGACAAAUACAAGAAAUGCUUGGAGUAAGAAUGAUUGGGUUCAUGGGUGUAUUAAUUCUUUAUUUCAGCCUAAACCGUUUAUUUAACGUUUAAAUAGGGGGGGGGGGGGGGGGGAAUUAAAAAAAAAUAAGAAAUUAAAAAAUUAUAUAUUAAACUUUUAGGGAAAUUGACCUUAAUGACCUACCUUUGAUAAAGUUGUCUUAUGUAUUGUACAGCUAUCAUGAGAAGAGCAGAAUAAAGUUCAAACUGACAA